CUUCAAGAGGCCUGUCUACUCAAGUUGCAACAGACGAGAAUUUGGGCAUCAGUCCUGAACCAGCGGCUCCUACUGACAUUGAAGCGCAAUCAAUGUCCACGAUUCCGGAAGUCACCAGCGCCAUGGAACAGCUCAAGCUACCAGCUGAAGGGUAUCUGGAAGCAGAAAUCUCGGAUUCGCUGCAAUCCACUGAGGAUUCACGUAGACUGAGCGCCCACAGUAUCCCACCCCCGCUUCGCACCCGUCCUAGAGCCAUUUCAACGCUCUCAAUAGCAAGCACGGCCAUGUCGCAUACGCCCUCGUUCAUCACUGACAAUGAAGAGGAUGAAGGGGAAUCUUCGUCCGAUGACUCGAUACUCAGUUUUUGGUCUUCUGAUGAGUCUAGUUCUGAAUCUGAAGAUGAGACUGAACCUGAAGAGGAGCCGCCUGCAGAUGAUAAGCUGGCCAAAAUCGAGAAGCCCAGGAAGGAACGCCGUGCGGCGCCCAAACCUCCUAAGAAGGAAAUCGACGCUGAAAAAGAAGUUGAGCGUAAAAAACGUGAAGAACAACGCCAGGCUAUUCUUGCUGCCACGGGUCUUCAACUCAAGCGUGAGCCAUCCGGAGCGCCUGCGCAAAGACUUGGGCGAGUUGCAUCCAGAAGAAGACCAGCGCCCAAUGUCCCAGGCAGAAAGAGAAGACACGCCCCAGCAGUGCCCGAAGGUAAGAGCAAAAAGCUACCUAGCCCUCCAUCGAAAGAAAUUCAGUCAGACAGAUUGGAGACGGGAGAUGCAUACGCUCGGUACGAGGCAUUCCUCGCUCAGUCUGCUCAGGUUCAAUCCCAACCUCUACCUCGACCUGAGGCAGUCCGAACCGAGUCUCGACCGCCAUCCCAAGUCCUCUCUCCCCAACAUACUGGGCCUACAGCGGGAGCUGCUUUGUCUCCUGCAUCAACCACAACUUCUCUUCCCAUUUCCACCUUGUCACUCGGCAAGGAAACAGGCGGGAAAAUCACCGGCUUCCUCAAGAGUAUGAUGACACCACAUGGACACGAACCUAAACGACCAUCCAUUAGCGGUCCUACGAUUACGAGGGUAGACGAACCUCCUGCCUCUCCGGCCCCUGGAUCAGGUAUUUUCAGCUCAGGUGAAGAAUUAGAUGCCGGGUUUGGUAAGACUUGGUCUAGUCUGGUAGAACCGAGUGUUUUAGAAACGAUGGAUAAGAGGGAGAGAAAGAGGCAAGAAGCGAUUUUUGAAUUCGUCGCUACUGAGAUUGGUUAUAACAGAGAUUUGCAAUUGAUUGUGGAGGUGUUUUACACCUCUCUUUUGCCUCUGCUGGACGAGAAAGCUCUUACUGUCAUCUUUGCCAACAUUGAAGACAUCCUUUUGUUCAAUACUGGAUUUCUCAGUGCUUUGGAAGAGAGGCAGAAAGCAGCAAGGCUGUAUAUCGACAGGAUCGGUGAUGUGUUGGGUUUUCUCAAUGAAGCUGGAGUGUAUAUGACUUACUGUGUGAACCAACACCAGGCUAUCAAGCUUCUACAGAGCCUUAGGGAGGAGAAACCUGAACUGGAUGUUCAUCUGAAGCACAUCCAAGCGACCAACAGCUCUAUCCGAGGCCUCGAUCUCUCUCAUUACCUCCUCAUACCGAUGCAACGAAUAACGCGUUACCCUCUUCUUAUCAAGCAAAUCAUUGCCUACACUCCUUACGACUCUUCCGAUUUACCCUCUCUCCAAUCGGCAUUGCAUGCAGUUGAAAGGAUUGUAUCUAGGAUCAACGAGAGCGUGAGGGAAGCGGAAGGGCAAGAACGAUUGAGAGUACUGAGCGAGAAUCUGUGGAUUGGAGGUGAAGGACGACUUGAUUUAACGGCUCCAACGGCGUUCCUCGGCCCUAGAAAGCUUAUCAAAGAGGGACCUGUAUCCAAGGCCAAGUCAGGUAGGAAGCUCAGUAUGGUUCUGUGUAACGAUAUCCUCGUCCUUCUCGAGGAUAAAAGUCUUUAUCGCAUGCCAUUGGCAUUGCAUGAGGUUGAAGUGCGACAGACGAGAGAUUCGAUGGGCUUCGCGUUGAAGGCGGAUCAGCGAAGGGGAGGGGAUACUAUUGCCCUCAAGGCUGCAAGUGCAAAUGAUGCGAAAGACUGGAUGCAGAAGAUUGAUAAAGCGAGAAAAAGGGUCCUGGCGACUAGUAGAUGAUUGGACCGAGGGAUGACACGGACUCAAAGAUAGAUAUGGACGAUCUUGUUUUCGUAUACAUACAAGAAUAAUUUACAACCGACGAAUGAUGCAAAGACU